AUGUGCUUUGAGCCAAGCAAGUACAAGAUAGUGCGCAUAUCUCGAAAAACCACCUACAAGAUCACUUAUCAAUACACUAUGGAACGCACGAGUCUGGAAUCUGUUCAGCACACGAAAUAUCUCGGAGUAACGAUAUCAGAUGACCUUAGAUGGAACUUCCAUGCUAUGCCAACAAACUACUCGGACUCCUUAGACGGAACCUUUCAACAUGUGACGGAAGAGUAAAAGAGGCAACUUACCUUGGCCUAGUAAGACCAUUACUCGAGUAUGCGAGCGAACCAUGGGAUUCGUAUAUACGGAUAAACUAUCAAACUAGAUCGAAAAGAUACAGAGGUGCGCUGCGCGUUUUUUAACAUCUGAUUACCAAAAUUAUGAACUUGGCAGUGUCACUACGCUUUUAAAGGAUCUCGGUUGGAAGUCUCUAAAGAACAGGAGAGAAGUAGACAGACUCUGUCUUAUCAAAAAGGGAUUAGAUAACAACGCAAUCCUGCCCCUGGAUGAAUUAUCAAAGCCGGCCAGAAAGACAAGACAUAUGCACAAUAGAUAUUACACCACAAUUUUUGCUCGAACCCAGAUUUUCAAAUUCAGUUUUGUGCCAAGCACAAUUAGAGAUUGGAAUAAUCUACUACAUAAUGUUGUAGAAAUUGCGGACGAUGCUAAGUUCCGCAAAUUAUUGUUAUUUACGAUUCUCUAG